CACCAACCUUACCUUUACAGCACAUUUAAGGAUCGUAUGCAGUUUCUAAAGUCUUCGGUUAACGGUUCCGCAAUUAGGUUUGACUGACUAACGAGAGUACUUGAGUAAGAGUGGUCGGUUUUUGCGAUUUAUGCGUUAUUUUGCUAUCUCAGUUGUGCCAUUUGAUUCAGGCGAAUAAUAAUUAAUUCAUCUCAUGGGCUUUUAACCUACUUGUUGUACAGGCUCAUUAAUAUGUAGGCUACUCUGGUAAAGUUGGAUGUAAUCUCUUCCUGCGUGUAUUUUUCCAUCUGACCCACCACUACUCACAGGGAGACAGUGCUGUGCUUCCAGUUUUGCGAAAGGGUGAAUCAAUUUGAGAGAGAGAGAGAGAGAGAGAGAAAGAGAGAGGCUGAACAGAAAGAGAGAGAGAGCUAGGGAGACGGAGAAAGACAGGCGAGAGGAUACAUCGAUUCCGCACCAGAGCUUCUGAAGGAUAUAUUUAGAUAAAAAUCAAAGGAAGAAUAGACGAGUAAAACAUGCAUUCAUUACAAAGAGGCCUGUCAAAUAAGAGGACCUGUUAAGGCAAAGAUGACACAACUUAUGUAACUGUAUCUGUAUGAAAAAAUAAACAAGGACAAAACACGCCACCAACCAAGGAGACUGAAUAAUUCCACUGAAAAAUGCAGAAGUGACAUCCAUUGCGAAAGGAAUCUACAGCUAUUAAAAGAGACCGUAUUCAAGAGACAUUGGAAUCAGCCUACCAUCCUCUUUGGAACACAGGAAGGGUCAUGACCCAGUUGCCAUGCGCAUCACCACGGUGACCAGCCUUCCUAGUCCCUCCCCCCUCCUCCUCUUAUUGGUUCAGCUGCUGUUGUGGCUCAUCCUCCCAGGUCAAGAGGCAGUGGGAGCCGCCUCCACCUGUCCCGCGCCGUGCAGUUGUUCUAAUCAAGCUAGUCGAGUGAUCUGUACAAGACGAAACUUAGAAGAGGUGCCCAACAGUAUAUCAAACAACACACGAUACCUCAACUUACAGGAGAACUCAAUACAGGUGAUAAAAUCAGACACGUUCAAACAUUUGCGGCACCUGGAGAUCCUCCAGCUCUCCAAGAACCAGAUUCGUCAGAUAGAGGUGGGUGCUUUCAAUGGCCUCCCAAACCUCAACACUCUGGAACUGUUCGACAACCGCCUCACGCUGGUGCCAUCGCAAGCUUUUGAGUACCUCAGCAAGUUGCGGGAACUGUGGUUACGAAAUAAUCCCAUUGAGACUUUACCAGGCUACGCCUUUCACCGCGUCCCCUCGUUGCGGCGUCUUGACCUAGGCGAACUCAAGAAACUGGAUUAUAUAUCUGAUGCAGCCUUUGUUGGACUCAUCAACCUGCGCUACCUGAACUUAGGUAUGUGUGGCCUAAAGGACAUCCCUAACUUGACCCCCCUGGUGCGACUGGAGGAACUAGAGUUGUCUGGGAACCGUCUUGAAAUCAUCAGACCCGGAUCCUUCCAAGGCCUGGAAUCUUUGCGCAAACUAUGGCUCAUGCACUCUCAGAUGUCGGUCAUCGAGCGCAAUGCUUUCGAUGAUCUCAAGAACCUAGAGGAGCUUAACCUAUCCCACAAUUCCCUGCACUCUCUGCCCCAUGACCUUUUCACACCACUGCAGAAGCUGGAACGAGUGCACCUCAAUCACAACCCAUGGGUGUGCAACUGCGAUGUGCUUUGGUUAAGCUGGUGGCUGAAAGAAACUGUGCCAAGCAACACAACUUGCUGUGCGCGGUGCCACGCACCACCCUACCUUAAGGGAAAGUACAUAGGAGAGCUAGACCAGAGCCAUUUCACCUGCUAUGCCCCCGUCAUUGUGGAGCCGCCCACUGACCUCAAUGUAACCGAGGGCAUGGCUGCUGAGCUCAAGUGUCGCACCACUACCUCCAUGACCUCUGUGAACUGGAUCACACCGAACGGCACCCUAAUGACCCAUGGCUCCUAUAGGGUCAGUAUUUCCGUUCUGCAUGAUGGCACACUGAAUUUCACCAAUGUAACUCUGCGUGACACUGGCCAGUACACCUGCAUUGUGACCAACUCAGCUGGGAACACAACGGCAACUGCUGUCCUGAAUGUGACCGCAGCAGACGUCAGUGUCAACUACACCUACUUCACAACGGUCACUGUAGAAACUGUGGAGUCUACGGGAGAAGAAGAUUCUGCAUUGCGUACCAUCACCGAGACCAUCCAUAUUCCCGGGCCUAAACCUUCUGGGCACCCCUGGAUUGAAGUUUUCCCAACUACUGCCUCUUCUCUCUCAAUCCUUACCUCAUCGUCCUCUCCCCGAGCAACCAAACCCACUUUCACAGUCCCUAUUUCUGAGCCCAGCUAUCCUUCUGGACUAGAUGAUGUAAUGAAGACCACCAAGAUCAUAAUCGGUUGCUUCGUGGCCAUAACUUUCAUGGCUGCCGUCAUGCUGGUGGUGUUCUACAAACUGAGGAAGUAGCAUCAGUUGCACAAACACCAUGGGCCGGUACGAGCCAUUGAGAUCAUUAAUGUCGAAGAUGAGAUUGGACCGGGAACGGGCAUCCGUGGCAGUGGCAUCUCAGGAGGAUCCACAGUACCGCAAGGAGGGUCAGGCGGAGGCGGACAGAGCUUGCGUCUGCACCACCCUGAAAUCGUCAACCUCCCAAACCUUGCACGAGCAGAGCAUCUCAACCAUUACUACAAGCCCCAUCACUUCAACAAUAACAUGAUGGGUCUGGGCCUUGGUGGAGGCUCGGGCGGCGGCCUAAACAAUAACAACAACCCUUCACCCUGCUCCCAGGCCCAGACUACCCCCAUGUCUUACACACAGGUGCCAGUCUCUGCAAGUAGUACAUCAUGCUCCAUGCCUUCUCCAAUGCCUCUGCCGACCCUUGGCAUCCACGGGUCACUGAAAGGCCUGAUGGGUAAAGGGCAGAACCCACAGAUUGAGCCGUUGCUUUUCAAGAGCGGCUCCAAGGAGAAUGUCCAAGAAACCCAGAUCUGAAUUUGAAAAAGAGAGUAAGGGAGAGAGGGAGAAAGGUAAAUGUACAGAUAAAAGAUGGAGAAACAGUAUCAGGGAGACAGAAACAGAUGAAGGGUAUUGGCUGUUCAGCCCCUAUGGGUAUGUUCUCAGGAGUUAUGAGAAAGGCAGACCCAGCAUUGUAUGAAAUAUUACCUCCACAAGAAUACAAGAUACAGCUGUGAAAUCACUACCAAGUACAUACACUGGCAAAGAGUGGGGGAAUUUCUAGAUGGAAGUCAGGCAACAACUCUGCAGUUUAAAUUCACCAUCUUUACAUUACUCUGAUCCGCACAUAUGAAGGGGAUCAUCAGGCAUGAGCAAACAAAACCACAUUUGCCAAUACGAUAAAGAUUUAUACAUUUUUGCGUAAUGCAAAAUUGAUAAUUAUGUGCCAAACUUGCACCAAUCUGUGCCAAAGCAAAAUCGUUGCACAUCAGCCUCACUACGCAUGUGUACAGACACAUUUCAGAAGUUGCAAAGAUCUGUGCGUAUACUGUACUCCAUUAAUAAAGCAGAGAUGCUACCAAAAUCAAAACCAUACACAACAUUAGGUAGGAAGUGUAUAUAGAAAUACAUGAACAACCUUAAGUAUUUAUUGACAGUGGCUGAGAACGAAAACUCACUUGUAAAUGUUUUAGUGAACCGUAAAACACAGAUAACAAAAUGGAUCAUUCAAAUUUUGUAGAGGUUUGCAGUCUACGAAGGAAAGAUGGAUUAGUAUACCAGCACUGUGUAGAGGGCUUAUGUUUCGUGACGAUGGACUCAGUUUCUCCCCUUUCUCGAAGGCUCUCACAGUUGAGGGGAAGAGAUGAAAACGAACAAGAACAUCAAAAAGACAAUGAAAGAUAUACAGAUUUUAAGAGUAUAUAUAAACUAUGAAAGUAUACAUGAUAUAUAAAUAUAUUUUCAUUCAGAGAAAUAAAUUAUGAAGAAUCUUUGCAUUUUUCUGACUGAAAGCCACGGCUUUUGAAGAAUUAGCAGCUGCUGUUGUAGCGCUUUGUCACUUAUAAUUCCUUUCUCUGCAUAAAAACAAAUGUCUGAAACUAGUACACCCUCACAGGACUUAAGUGCAUCCUGAGGAGACAGAGGGACAGAGAUGGAUAUUCUGGAAAUUGUGUUUGAUUUCAGAUACUUUGGCUUUGUUUUUUAAGUCUUGAAAGGUUUCCCUUUCCUGUUCUAUAACUAACAGGGGUCAUUGAGGAGAGUGAAUUUUAAUUAACAUUAUAAAUACACUACUGUUUGUUUCUGUAGGCAUUUGAGACCCAAAUUGGGUCAAUAUCAGUUAACACCAUUCCCAACAGAAUUAUAAAAGACAGUGAUGAUGAUGGUAUACAAUGCAAUGGAAAGAAAAACACUGUAAACGCUAAUCUACAUGCUGCUAUACUGAGAAAAAAGAUAUUUUAGUGAGAUGUUUUAGUAAAAUCCGAUUUGAAAUUUGAGUAAAAAGAGGCUCCUGUUGACAUUACUACUACUAUCAUCAUUACUGAAAAACAUCAAGUGUCAAAAGCAUAGAGGAUUUUGUCAGUUUCUUGGUUUACCUAGAGGUGAUGUUUGUUUUUCAUUGUGUAAAAAGUGAUUGUCGCUAGAGCUGAUAAUCCCCUCAGUGAAGCUGGAAUAGCAGUGGACAUACUGACAGUUACAACGAUUUGCUUGAUGCAUUACGAAGCCACAACAACAACUACUCCAAACAAGGAAAUGGAUGGGCCUUAAAAUGGCUCCCUCAAUGGCCUAUCCCCUUUCUUUUGUACAAGACAAAAACUUUACCAGGACCCUGCUUUUUUGCCAACGUGAAUCAGCGAGAUUCAGAACAGAACACAAACUCCGGUGAUUACUGCAGGGGUAAAAUGGAUUAUUGCGAACACUGUGUCCAGACAUGUGGACGGAACUACAGUUUGAGCUGAAAGCAAACAGAGGACAGCUUUUGAAAGGUAAGAGAAAACCCACUCAGUGAGCGAGAUUGGAGUUUGGAAAGCUUUUUUAAAUGACAAUGGACAAAUAAAUGACAACUAUAGAAACUUA